AUGGGUAUCGAAACCCGAUCACGUGUGCUUGAAUUACGCUGUGAUUCUCAGGUGAAACCGAAUCAACACGAGGAGCUGCAGAACGUGAGGAAACACAUCCACUCGUGCUUCUCCAACAUCAGCUGCUUUUCUUCUGCCACACCCGGACUCAAAGUGGCCACAAACCCACACUUCGACGGCCGGCUACGAGACAUCGACGACGAGUUCAAGCGAGAGCUGGUGAAUCUGGUCCCGCUGCUGUUGGCUCCAGAGAACCUGAUGGAGAAGGAGAUCAGCGGCUCUAAAGUCACGUGUCGAGAUCUGCUCCAGUACUUCAGAGCCUACAUGAAGAUCUAUCAGGGCGAAGAGCUGCCGCACCCCAAGUCCAUGUUACAGGCGACCGCUGAAGCCAAUAACCUUGCAGCCGUAGCAGGAGCGAAAGACGCGUAUAACAAGACCAUGGAGCAGGUGUGUGGCGGAGACAAACCGUACCUGGCUCCGGCUGAUCUGGAGCGACGGCACCAGGAGCUGAAGCAGACGUGUGUGUGUCAGUUCCGCGCGGUGAAGAAGAUGGGCGGCGAGGACUUCUGCCGCCGCUAUCAGGACCAGCUGGAGCAGGAGCUCGACGACGCCUACGCUAACUUCCUCAAACACAACGACGGAAAGAACAUUUUCUUCGCGGCGCGCACGCCCGCCACGCUCUUCGCCGUGAUGUUCGUGAUGUACGUGGUGUCCGUGGUGACGGGCUUUGUGGGUAUAAACUCUGUGGCGGUGGUGUGUAACGUGGCGAUGGGCGUGGCGCUGGUGUCGCUGUGCGUCUGGGCGUACGUCAAAUACUCAGGAGAGUUCAGAGAGGUGGGCGGCUUCAUCGACUGCGUGGCGGAAACCCUGUGGGAACAGAGGACGCCGAGGAAGGUCUUUUCCAAACUUUUUGAAGUUGCCAGGAGCAAAGUGACGCUGAGCGCCCUGAUGCCGACGCAGCGACAGAGACUGUCAUCCAACAACAACGUCAAGAAGAGGAACUAGCCGUUUGCUAGCGUCACGCUCGGAGAAACCAAUGCGUCGUGAACGUACUCGACUCAGUCCCACUCGGGCCGAGGAUUCUGGGGGUUUUGCGGGGUCUUUCACCAGGUUUCCUCUUUCUCAUGUCAUUCCCACGCUGUAUGUGUUCAAGCGUUCGGCCUCCGGAAGAGGACCUCGUUGAGAGCGCUGAAUGAUCUGUGUGUCUGCUGUACAGAUGAACUUUCCUCGGCUUCGAUCAUUCCAUCCAGAUGUGUUUCCUGUACAGAUUAGGAUUUUAAGCUGGUCACGUGUAGGGCAUGUUGUGUAACUCUUCUGUUGAAGCAGGAAAACGAUGCUUUCGUGUUUAUCUGCGGGAAUGCUUCGUGAUUUCGUGUCCAUGUUGGAGAGAAACACACACACACACACACACACACACACUUAGUUUUAUACUGUCUUCAUUCAUGCCAUCUGCCUUGAGCAUCAUGAUUCUGGAAUGUUGCAUUGUUUUUCACUUAUUGUUUCUUUAAUUUAUUUUUCAAUUUGAUUAAAGUGAAUCACUGUACAUUUACGUGGCGUUUGUGUUUGUGUUUGAUAAUGAGAUUCACUUGAGGACAGUGUACAUGUUUGAAUAAACUGGACUGUUUUUAUUUUUUUUAUUAAGUUAUUAUAUAUUAUUUUUCUAUUAUUGCUUCAAAAGGUUCAUAAAGAGUAAAGAAUGAA